AGGUGAGUUUAGAUAACACAAUGCAAGAAAAUCCGGUCUACUGUAAUUUGGAAGAAAUUAAGAAAUCGAAAGGGACUCCUCCUAAUCCAACAUGUAGCCCUGUUCAGAUUCUGGAGAACUGGGAGUGCCACUUCGAUCCAAUAACGGGCAGAAACUUCUUCAUUAACAUGGAGACAAGGGAGAAAACAUGGAAGCCACCCAGGAGAUCUAAGGACAGAAACUCUGCAAAGGUAUGUGUUAAAUCAACUACUUUAAUUUGAGCUGAGCGGUGAUAAUAGGCGAUGGAGUUAGAUUUGACCCAUUUGAGGUAACCUGUCAUACACAAAGUGUGUGAAUAUUCAGUUCACUUUCAGGUAGGUAACAAUUCACUCAUGAUUAUCUGAAAAUAGCAUUUUCCUUUUCCACCAAGGACUAGGGAAAUUAAUGAAAGCAACAUCACAGAAUUCUGAACUGGUGACCAAGAAACACAUUUUGAGUUUGUGAAGAGAGGCAGUGGGCAUUUGGAAGGCUGGUGAAAAGAGUUGAGCGGACACCUGGAUGUUCGGGUUCUCCAAGUUCGGCCAAACUUCAUCAAAAAGUUUGAGUUCGGCUCGAACUUGACCCCAAACCCAAACCCCAUUGAAGUCAAUGGGGACCCGAACUUUUGGGCACUAAAAUGCCUUUAAAAAAGUCCUGUAAAGGGCUAGAGGGCUGCAAAAGGAAGUAAAAUGGGUAGGACAAGUGCCCUGCAAACAAAUGUGGAUAGGGAAAUCACUUAAAAUAAUAUAAAAUAACAUAAAAUAAGCAGCCGCUUAGUAGAUAACUCCCUAAUUCCCACGGUAUUAGGCAGCUAUCUACCAAAAGACUGAAAGACCUAAAUUGGUCUUUCAGCCACAUUUAGAAAUACUAAGUAAAGAUUACUUAGUAUUAGUAAAUUCAGCACCUACUCGCUAUACCGUGAGUAGGGGCAUGUCUAGUAAACAGUGAGCAGCCAGUGGCUGCUCACUGUAAAAAAAAAACAAAACAAACAAAAAAACCCUAUUGGCCCCCACCCCUGAACAGCGGGUGGGGGCCCUAAAGUAAAAUAACGGGGGGGGGACCUAUUGUUCUCCCCCCCUGGCCCCCACCCCUGAGCGGUGGGUGGGGGCCCUAAAUAACAAUGGGGGGAAUCUACUGUCCUCCCCCCUGGCCCCCACACCUACGCGGUGGGUGGGGGCCCUAAAGAAAAAAGGGGGGGGACCUUCUGUCCUCCCCCCUGGCCCCCACCCCUGCGUGGUGGGUGGGGUCCUAAAUACAAAUUAGGGGGGGUGACCUAAUGUCCUCCCCCCUGGCACCCACCGGUGAGUGGUGGGUGGGGGCCCUAAAUAAAAAUUGUGGGGGGACCUAUUGUCCUCCCCCCUGGCCCCCACCCCUGAGUGGUGGGUGGGGGCCCAAAAUAACAAUGGGGGGAACCUACUGUCCUCCCCCCCGCCCCCACACCUGCGCGGUGGGUGGGGGCCCUAAAUACCAAUUGGGGGGGACCUAUUGUCCUCCCUCCUGGCCCCCACCCCUGUGCGGUGGGUGGGGGCCCUAAAUAAAAAUUUAACCCCCAUCACCCCCCUCCCCCAUUUCAUACAUGACAUUUGGCGGUACUAACCAAUACAUUGUGAAAUACAUUAUUGACUUCCUCAAUAGACUUUCACAUGUUGUUGCUUUUAUAACAGGUGUGUCUAAAAUAAGUGAAACACAGUUAAACAAAGAAUGAGCUACAAGGAAGUUGAUGUUUUAUAAGAGUAUUUGCUUUCCUGCCUUAAAACAUGACCCAAAGCAAAUUUAACACUUUGAUCAUUCCAUCAGUGCUUAUAAUAGGAAAGACAUUUAUUAAAGGGACACUGUAAUCACUAUAACCACUUUGUCUUUUUGAAUUGGUUAUAGUGCCUGGAGUGGCCUGGCACUGUCCCUCCAUUCAGUGUUGCUCCAUGUUUGUGCAGUAUGCCACAAAAUAAGAGUCCCUGGCCACCCACAGUCCAGCCCCUUCUGUAUGUGUAGCUAAAGCAGAGAUUACACACUUGUUGUCAUACCCAUUCAUACCGUCAGUUGGAGCUCUGACAGGUUAAAAGCAGUCAGCUGACACUCUCAGCCAAUCACAGCUGCCCAUUGUCUCUCAGGGUAAUACUUCCUUAUUAGCCAAAGCAGCACAGAGUGGAUAGACUGCUGUGGACUCUUGUUUAGCAUUAAAACAUUACAACAUUAAAAACUGUUUAAUGCUGAAAGAAAUGAUGGUACCAGGGGACUCCAGACACUAUAACCAGUUUAAUGAGAUGAAGCAGAUACAGUGCCUAUGGUGUCCCUUUAAUGUUUAUUUUUGGUACCUCUAUUUUUAGACCGAUAUCCGUGGCGCACCUUAAAUAUGAGAACAAAUCAAAUUUGUUCUAAAUAUGGUUUCAACACCUUGGUUCCCCUCCAUAUGGCUUCUAACAUUCCAAUUUGAAAGUUGCAGUGCCAAUGUAUCUUGGAGGCAGAUCUAUCUUUUCUCCAGUUCUGGGUAUUAUCAAAGACCUAAUUUUAUAACAGUGUUUUUUUUGUCAGUCUAUAUUUAACUAAUUAUAGUGAAAAAUUCCAGCAACAAACAUUCCAGCAACAGUUACAUCUCACAAUUAUAUGUGUUUAAUUGUAUGGAGCUAAGAGAAUUUAGCGAGAGGGGAAAGCCCAGGUAAUCUCCUUGGACUGGAAUGGUGAAGGUAGGACCCUUCAUGUCUAUUCAACCUGGCACUGCUAUGCAAAAUACAAAGUUAGACCAAAUAAUCACUAGCUGGUGCACCUAUAUCUAUCAUUCUGCAAAUACGGGGAACCCAUCAGUCCGUAUAACAAAUUGCAUCCACAAGCCAUGAUGUACAGUGUCGGCCUGUUUCAUGAAUCUCUACAGGGAGAGCUAACCAUUACAUAAUAAUAUAGUUGACAUGGGGGUAAAAGAAUGGAAGUAUUUUUUAUUUUUUUAGGUUUAUUUUUAAUAUUUGUAGCAAUUUUUUCAAGUCUUUUUUCUGUUUUUUUUUUUUUCUGUUGUGCUUUAAGGCACAUCACGUACAGGAAGUGUGAAUUUAAUUUGUUUAUUUAACUUUGUCCUUUUACAUCAACUGUCUCAAACAACUGUAUUUUUCAGUACACUAUGUGCAUUAUUGCGCCAUUUAGUUCACAGAUCAAGUGUGAAAGAGUAACCAAUAAAGGGGAAAAAGCAGGAGCAGUUAAAAAAAAAACCAUCUAGAUUUGUAUAUUUAUAUAUAUAUAUUAUUUUUUUAACUGCUCCUCUUUUUCCCCCUCUGUUGGUCACUUCUAACUUUAUCUCUGAAUAAAAUCAAGGUUUAAUCCCCUAAUCAUGAAUCAUUUUUUUCCGUCAAUCAUCUUUUUUUUGGACAAAAUAUGGACAUAUCGCUAUUUGUUUUAAACCAAAUGCACAAUCUUUAGUGUACAUUCAUUUUUACAGAGAUCCUUCUUUUUUCGUAAAGAUAAAAUACUGCUCACAUUUAUUUCUAGAAUCAUGACUGUAGUGCUAGGGAUAAAUCUUUAUAUUCCUAACACUAUAGUGUUCCUCUGAUAAUAUGUUCAAAAAGAAACAAGUAUCUGUAGCACAUCCUGCAACUUAGUACUAGUUAUCUAUACAAUUAUCUCAGCUUGAUACUGGUCUGCAAGGACUUUCUAUACUGUAACCCAGUGGUUCCCAAACUUUUUAGAUUCAAGGCACCCUUACAAUUUCAAUAUUUUUCCAAGGCGCCCCAAGUUAAAACAAUUUUCUUGUUGUAUAUAUCUACAUCGCUGCGGCAUAUACUGGGCCCCUGUUCGGGAGAAAUGCUUUCCGUUCAAGCGCAGAUCCAGGACCUAAUCUUGAGCGGGGCACUGGUAGAUUAAUUAAAAAAACAAUUCGGACACAAUAACCACUACAGCACUUUGUAGUGGUUAUGGUGCCAUUAGUGCCAUACUGCCCUCGCAGAGUAAAUAGUCAAACAGUUUAAGAGCAGUUUGACAACUUACCUGGGAUCUGCCGAGAUAGGGGCUGUAGCAGGGGAUAGGGUGAGUAGUGUGUCUGAGGUGUGCAAUGAGUGUGUGUGUGAGUGGUGGAGUGUGUAUGUGAGGGGCACUGGUGGCUCUAGACUAGGCGAAACUCAAAAAAUAGGUGUUUCGUUGUGUGUAUAAGAGUGAGCUACAAGGAAGUUGAUGUUUUAUAAGAGUAUUUGCUUCCCUGCCUUAAAACAUUGACCCAAAGCAAAUUUAACACUUUGAUCAUUCCAUCAGUGCUUAUAAAAGGAAAGAUAUUUUUCAAUGUUUAUUUUUGGUACCUCUAAUUUUAGACCGAUAUCCGUGGUGCACCUUAAAUCUGAGAACAAAUCAAAUUUGUUCUAAAUAUGGUUUCAGCGUGUUGCUUCCCCUCCAUAUGGCUUCUAACAUUCCAAUUUGAAAGUUGCAGUGCCAACGUAUCCAAUUUGAAAGUUGCAGUGCCAUCGCUGUAUCCAGCCCUGUAGCUGUAUUGGACAAGCUUGCAGCGCUGGAUACAGAGAGCUAGUCUCUUUAUUCAUUGUUCAGAGGCUUGCAGUGUCGCGGCUCUCUGUGCCUCUGUGUUGUGAGCUCUCCGACUGUAGUAAUGGCAUAAUUAGCAAACUAAAUUAAUUUGCAAUAAGCAAAUGUAAUUAGCAAUUCUGCUAAUAAUCUAUACACGACUCCGGGGUAUGAUUGCAUAGCCUUGCAGUCGUGUAUACAUUACUGCCAGUGUGUGUAUUUCUGAGUGUGUGGAGGGGCAGUAACAGGAGGUAGGGGGAUGGAGGGGUAGUAACAGGAGGUAGGGAGGUGGAGGGGCAGUAACAGAGGGUAGGGGGUAGUAACAGGGGUGGGGUGGAGGGGGCACAGGGGGGGGGCUGGAGGGGCAACAAAGGGGUGGUGGGGUGGAGGGGCAGUCACAGGGUGUUGGGGUGGGCGGCAGUGACGGGUGUACGGGGGUAGUAACAGGGUUUAGGGGAUGGGGUGGAGGGGAAGUAUCAGGGGGUGGAGGGGCAGUAACAGGGGGUGGAGGAGGUUGGAGGGGCUAUGACAGGGGGGAGUUCAUAAAAACCUGCGGUCCUGUGGAUUCCCCUGGUGAUCCGGUGGGCACCCGCUUUCUGGCUCUCUGGUCUGCAUCUCCGCCAGGUAAAUCUCGCAAGCUCCAGUCAGAGCAUUGCCAUGGUAACCUGCUGCAACACUCUGACAGGCAGGAGAUCGUGAGACACUUCAGUCUGCAGCUCACUCCCGGCGGAGCUGCAGACAGGAGGCUGGCUCUCUCCCGAGCAGACUGACUGGAGAGGCCUCGCACCUGGCGGCAUUAUGGGCAAGCCGCCGGGCCCCCUCCUGUUUCGAGUCCUCGGUCUCUGACUGAGGACCUGACAUGGUAGUCUGCCCUAAGGCAAUUUUGGGGGUCGCGGUGCCCCCAUCAGCGCGAGGCCUUAGGAGGCCCCCUAAAGUGUGUGUGUGAGGGGUGCAGUGUGUGAGGGGUGCAGUGUGUGUUUGUGUGAGUGUAUGGAAGUGCAUUGUGUUUGUGAAUGAAGUAGUGUGUGUGUGAAGGAUGCAGUAUGUGUGUGAAGGGGGAAGUUUGUACGUGAUGGGGCAGGUUGUAUGAGGGGUACAGUGUCUGUGUAAGGGAUACAGUGUGUGUGUGGGAAGGCAGUGUGUGAGAGGUACUGUUUGUGUGUAUGGGGGGCAGUGUGUGUAUAGGGGGUAAUUGUGUUUAUAGGGGAAGUUAUUGUGGGUCUGUGGGGGUACGAGGGCAGAUAAAUAUAUACUUUUAUUUCUUUUUGUUUUAUUAAAAAAAUAAUAUUAUUAUUUUCCUAUACCCCCACCCUGCUUACCUUAGCCUGGGAGAGGGGGGCAGUACAAGGAAACCACUGGUGGUCUGGUGGAGAAGCCCUGGUGGUCCAAGUGGUGAGAUCGAACUACAGCAGCCUCAGGAGCUGCUAGAGUUCACUUUUUGCGAGAUUCGGAGCAUUGCCAUGGUACCACGGCAACGCUCCCAGCUCGUGAGAGGAGAACCCGGCGGAGAAGCAGUUUAGAGCACCCCCGGGUUCUCUCUCAUUACAGUGCUAGUGGGCCGUGAGGGAUCUGGAGAGCCAGAAGGGGAGAGGGAAGCGUCAUCAUAUCGGUGCUAUCAUCAUAUCAUAUCUCGCGGCUACCCAUUUUGGAAACCGCUGCUCUAACAUUUUCUGUUUUUAAAUGGUGAAAAUGUGUACAGAUACAUAGCUUAAAAACAAAAGAAAAUGCCCAAUAAUAUGCUGCUGGGGAGGAUAUAUAUAAUCAUUAAUGCUUUAAAAGCAGAAGCUAAUCUCAAGUAGAUGUGCAAAGAAAUCUUUGAAAAACAAGAGGCCUAUUUGUCAAGCUUAGAACAAUGAGCGGAUAAUUAAGCUAUAUUAUGUUAUGCCAUUUGCCUUCGCAAUGCGUGGGCAUGGGGAAUAUUCAAAUCAGAAACAAUUAAUCUGUUGUUGAUAAAGUUAUACAGACUGAUGGAAAUUUAUGCCGUUAGUGGACUUUAUUUUUGUCUGAACUUAUCAGAAUGGCAGCUAAGGUCAUGCUGUGUCUAGGACUAUAAACCGCUAAAGCUAAGAUAAGCUAUGGGGCAAGUAAUGGAAACCAGUGUCCUUUAAACAUAACUCAACAAGAGACCAGGAUUUGAGAAUAUGCUUAACCAGUGCACAGAUAUUUCAAUUAAUAUGAUCAGCCACUGAUUGUUGCUAAAGCAGCAGAGGUUCCCUGUAAUUCUGGUUUUCAGGUGGUUUAUACAUUAUGCUAACAGAAAUGCUAGAAAACAUAUAGAAUUAUAUUAAAAGCAGCACUGUCACUCCCUCCCUUCCCCGGCCGCCCACUUCAAUACUCAUACUGACUGUGUUGACAUUUUACUGAAAUUCCAACCCAGUCAAAAGAGAUUUUGAGACAAAGUAGGGACUACAGUGCUGCUUUAAAGCUCUUUUGUGUUUGGGCCCCUCUCUACCGGUCAGCCAAAUCCUCAACAUAAGACCUGAUGUGCCCCGUGUGUGUAAUAAAGAGCGGGAGCAGGAGAACCCUCUCUAAAGCGGUGCUCUGCUUCCUGUUACUGUGUUACCCAUUCUUUUAAUUGUAUUAUGUAGAUAGCAAAUUAAAAUAUAUGUGCCAAAGCAAUAAUAAUAAUCAUAAAAAAUAAACUGCUGUGGUGGUUAUGUUCCCAGGAGUGCCCUGGCCCCAUCUCAGUGUAAUUUGGCAAACCUUUUUAGAACUUACCUGGAUCCCCCAAGAGCCCAUGGCCACUUAUCCUACUAUCAGUGGUGUAUCCUGGUUUUGUGCUGCCCUAGGCAGGACAAAACUCAGACGCCCCCCUCCCCCCGCGCCACCCCCACCCAACCGUUCCCCCCCGCCCCACCUUCUAAAUACACACACACACAGUCAGACACACAAACACACAGUCAGACACACACACACAGUCAUACACAAACACACACACAGUCAGACACAAACACACACACACAGUCAGACACAUACACACACACACACAGUCAGACACAUACACAGACACAAACACACACACACAGUCACAAACACACACAGUCAGACACAAACACACACAGUCAGACACAAACACACACACACAGUCAGACACAAACACACACACUGUCAGACAUAUACACAGACACAAACACAAUCAGACACAAACACACACACACAGUCACAAACACACACACAGUCAGACACAAACACACACAGUCAGACACACACACACAAACACACACACACAGUCAGACACAAACACACACACACACAGUCAGACACAAACACACACACACAGUCAGACACAAACACACACACAAUCACUCACAUUAACUUUUUUUUAAAUCCCCCCCCCCAGCCUCCUUACCUUUGGGAGUGCUGAGGGGGGAGGGGGGUCUCUCUCUCCCUGGUGGUCCAGUUGCUGCCGGUCGGGCUGGGCGGCGCUGGCUGCUGUGCAGGCGGCUGGCGAGGGAGCUCUUCCCCUGAGCUGACUGCUCAGCUCCCUCACUCUGCGGCGCGCGAGGGAGCUGAGCAGUCAGCUCAGAGGAAGUGCUUCCUCGCCAGCCGCCCGCUUGGGAUGUCUGUUAGCCGCAAGGCUAACAAGACAUUUGCCCUGGGCAUUUGGGGGCGGCGUUUUUUGCCGCCCCCUGAAAAAUGCCGCCCAAGGCAAAUGCCUUGUUUGCCUCACAGCUAAUACAUCCCUGCCUACUAUGGAAUUUCCUGAAGGAGAAUGUGGUUAGCUCUACUGUGCUAAGCAGGGCCAUGUAUUAUCUGUGUUCAUUGUCUGGGACUCUCAGCUGAGUACUCCAGUCACCCAGUGAGCACAGUCCUGUAUCACCUGUGCUUAGUUGUUGAGAGACAUAGCACUUCUUUUGCAGGAGAAGACCAGAUGUUGUGUUGGCAACUAAGGGACCAAGUAAAUUGUUGAGCCAUUCAAAAAUGGUUUGAGAAAUUACACUGGGACAGCAACAGCUUCAGGUCACUUCGGGUACCAUAAUCACUACAGUAGUUCUUCUGGAGCAAAAAUAAAAAAGGAGGCAUUGCAGAUGGAUGGAAUAGGCAAAAAGCUUUUCUAUUUCAGGACAUUAAGUUCAUUGAGUUUGGUCUUCCUUUCCCCCUAAUAUUUGCUUGGAUUUAUUAAUUUUGGAUAAGCAUUUCAAAUGAUUACAAUCUGUUAGAAAAAAAAAACUUAAACAAAAAAAAAAAACUAUACAUAUUCCCAUAGACUUUAAUGUAAAGAAUUUUAAAUGUAGAUAAUUUGAAAACAUUUUCUAACAGAUUGUGAUCAUUUGAAAAAUCUUAAUGUUAAACCGGGGGCAUUUUUUUUUUUUUUUAUAAUUGUUGCAGAGUAAUGGCUGCACCUGUUUUAUUGGAUCACUUUGUUACAUACUCUGAUGAUGGUGUGGGGCAAAUUAUCCCUCUGAAAUAAUGACUGACCAGUUUUUAAAUGCAUCUAUUUUUUUUUUUAUGCAUACGGUUUAAUGUGCACAUCUGCAUUCAUGUAUUUAUGUUAGAAGUUAUUUGCAAAAAUAUUUCAUUGAUACCAUAAUUCUUUGUAUACUUGACAAGACAACAGUCUGCUCGCUUGGAUGUUGACUUACAAAACAUACAGAAUUUACUAUAUCGCUUUUCAUAUCACUUUUUGUGCACAUAAUGAUGACAUGCACCUGUGCUUUCUUAAUCUGUAGAACACCCUUAGAGAAACAUUUUUUUCCAUGUACGUCUACAUCACACUUUUUACUGUGACACGUUAGAAUAUUUUUUUUGUCUUCCUUCCUCAUUGUAACGCUCAUCAGUUAAAGUCCUCCCAUUUCUAUUCAUUGCUGGGUCACAGUUGCAGCAGCAACAACACAGUACUUCCUUACAGCAUUCUGGGACAUGGAGCAAGCUAUAUUUCGAAAGCGAUCCCAGCAGGGUUCCGAGGAUUCCAACUACCCUGAGGUGUUUUGGAGUUCAGAGCCUGGAUAUGUAAGUCUGUCUCAAAGAAUGACAUACCUUUAACUUACUUCCUAUGCAGAUUGCUGUGUGAACAAACCUAACGUGUGGUUUGUCUAAAAUGUCACUUUAACCACCAGUUGUCACAGAUAUCUCUGUUCAGGAUGUGGAAUAAACACAAGGGGUCUACGUGAAUAGCAUCAUUUAUCUUUGUGCCUUCUUCACCUGCAUGCUAGCUCCCCACCUACAAGUACAUACUAUAUUUACACGACAUUAUUUGCAUGUUUUCUUAUCUCACAGCCUUUGUGCUCGAGUGUCAUACGUUGCUCUGACUCUGGUAAUAAAAAAAACAACUUUCUUAGCUUUAAUUACUUGCAUGCAAACUAUCCUUUGUUUUUGUGUAAAGUAUUCGCGUAAUGCAAUGGGAACCUUAAAAGUGGCAGUUUUUGACAAUUCGUUUCUACUUUUUCAUCACUCUCAUUUGUACCCGUGGACUGACUGAAUCUAGAACAGAUUGAUGAUACUUUUUAUAUAUCACUUUUCGUUCACACAGUCUCAGAGACAGAGUCUCAGAUUUUAACUAGAUCUGCAGCUAAUUAACAAAUGUUACUAACAGUCACAGAAUAUGGUAGAACGCAAAAUCUUAUAAUUUCAUGGGUCAGUGUAUAUACAUAGAUAUCAUUGUAAUAAUAAUCAGGGAAACAAUUACAGGUACUAUAGGAGUAGCAAGCACAAUAUUGCUAAUGCCACCUGAAAUACUAGUGUAAAUCCAAGUAUUUCAGGUGAUGUUAGCCAUUUUGAUUUAGCCAUUUCUAUAGUUCUAUAUGCCUGUAUUCUUAUUAAUGUUUAAAUUAAAGUAGGUGCGCAUAAUAUGUGCUUUGAGGCUUAAUAUACUCAAAGCACCAAAAUCAUUAUAACACACUGUAGAGGUUAUGGUUCCAGGAGUCCCCUGGCAACAGUAUUCAAAUGUUCUCCCUGACACUCACCCGAGUCGCCUAUGGUCCUUCCAUACAUCUUUGAUUUCACUAAAGCUGCAGUUUCCAUUCUGCUUUAGCAGUAUGUAAUUUGUCCCUAUUUGGCAAUCUUGCCAAAAUGUAUGGACUCACAGAAUGGAAUCACAAAAGACUAGAAGGAUGACUGGUACCCAGGGGAGCAAGGUAAAUAUUAAACUGUUUGAAAACAGUUUGACUUCUUACUCUGGGCCUGCUCCAGGAACUACUGGUACCAUAAUCACGACAGAACACUGUAAUUACUUAGAAUGCAGCUUUAAACAUGUGUUACAGACACCUAAAAGAUGGUUAUUUAUGCACUCUUUUGUUUUCAUCGUUUAUAUAUGUAACUAGUGUGAGGACAUGUACAGCCUGCAACAGAAAGUUAUAAUUUCCCUUCUCCGAGACCUUAUAUAUAUAUAUAUAUAUAAAAUAUAUAUAUAAUAUUAUGUUGAGCCUGUCUGAAUUGUUCCCUGUGACCAUGAGGUUUGAAUGGGAUAUACAGUUAGUGCAUCUAACUCACUGGUUUAAGAUAUGGAUCAUGACAGUUCAUUUGUGAAUCAUUUCAGAUAAAGUCAGAAUGUUCUAACUACAAAACAUUAAGGAUAAUUCGUAUUCGGGAAAUGUCUAUUCCUGGUAUGAAAUGUGCUAGAUUAGUGCAUUAACCUGUAAAGCAUUUUUUUCACUGGUGAUAAUAGAUGAUGAUGAUAGAUAGAUAGUCAGACAGAUAGACACAUACAUAAAUACAUACACAUAGAUAUGGUUUGUUUGUCUUUCGUCCUGUAAGCAGUGAUGGAUGUCCAUAUUUUAAGGCACGGAAACAAAAAACUCUUGUAGAACAGCAAGUUCUUUGUAGCUCACUCAUAGUUGAACAAAUGUUUCACUUAUUUUAGACACAACUUGUGGGAGCUUAUUAAGGCAUUCAGUAAUGUAAUUCAUAUCAUUUUGGUUAGCAUUGCUAAAUGUCAUCUGUAGAGUCUGCAAAGUUUAGUGUAAAAGAUGUACAGGUUUUUCAUUCUGGUUAAUUAACCUCUAUUCUGGUUAAACCAGUUGUGUUUCCCGAGUAUUCUAUAGACCUUUGUCAGAUUAUCUCAGUGUUUUAACCUCUGGUCACAGCUUGAUAUGCUAUGCAUGACCUUCGCUUACUGGAUUCUUCAAUAAUUUCAUCAAGAGAGGCUGGAUGAGAGCAUGAAAACCUAAAUAACACGAACUAAUCUGGAGAAGGCAAUGACAUCAAAUUAGCAUAUAUUACUAUAUGAAACAACAUAUUAAAAUGUAAUUAUCCACGGCUGUUUUUCCUUUUACCCUGGGAAUUGUCUUGCUCACACAGGUCCCCCUAUCAUAGAGUCUUUACAUUUCUUGAAAGAAUUAAAAACAUCUUAUAAAAAACAUGCUAUUGUUCCUUUAAGAUUUUUUAUUAAUACUUUUUUGUUAUCUGUUUAUGGGAUACAAUUGACUCAUAAUAUGCAUCUGUGUGUACCAUAAUAAUUCAGGUUUAAACCAUUGACUUCUUUGGAAGUAUGACAAUGUAUUACUCUGUUAAAUGCAGUGCUUUCUAAUAUAAUAUUGUCUCUUUAAAAAUCUUGAACUCCAGAUAUUCCACUAUCACCAUAAGGAACCAGUAGUUGACUUUUAUUCAACUCAAAAUAAAUGCUGAGUAUUAAUGUUUUCUGAUUAGACACCUUAAUCAUGGAUGGUGUUGACAUGUAAACCAUUACAUUUAUGGAUAAAUUUUUUUCUUGACCAUGUCUUUAAACCCUUAAGGACACAUGACAUGUGUGACAUGUCAUGAUUCCCCUUUUUCCAGAAGUUUGGUUCUUAAGGGGUUAAAGGGGUUAAAGACGCUGGGAUAACACUUGGGAUUUGACUGCUUAGUCUAAAUUAGACUCAGAUAUUGGAACACCUGCUUGUGAAAGUUCACUUUGUAAUUGAAUGCUAAUUUAUUGGCUGCUCAUUACAUGUGUGCUUCAUCUUGCAUACUUAAUAGAUUCUAAACUUUGAAAAUGUUACUUUAAUUAUAAUUGAUAAUUCUGUUUUCUUUUAGUUAAGAUCAUGAGAUAUACUGUCAUGUUAAGUUUUGUUUAUUUAUACAUUUUGGAAUUGUAAUAAUUUGAAAAACAUAGUAGCCUGUUUGGAUAAAUUGUCAAAGAGGAGAAUAUUUAUUUCCCUGUCUUAAAUGUGAUAUUGCUAACCUCCAUGCUUGUAUUACCUUGUAAGCUACAACACCAUGUUCCUUCUCAUUAACAAUCUAUAGCCACUCUGAUGCAGCCUGCUAUUUAAUAGUCUUAUUAGUGCAGAUAAAUAGCAUCGUAUCUGUAUGUACAUACCCCAAAACCCUCUCUGGUUACCCUGAUUAGGUCUCUAACAUGUGUCCCAUUCCCUCCAGACCCUCCAUGUUUCCCUUUCUAUCCCCCACAGUGGCUUCAUGUGUCCCAUUCUAUCCCACCCAGCCCCUUCAUGUGUUCCAUUCUAUUCCCUUUCCACUGCUGCGGUGCCACCGAUCAGACAGGAAGUGCUCUUUUAGUGAGCACUUCCUGUAAGACCACUCGCUACAUGCAGGGCAAGAGGGGUGCAGCAAAUCCCUUUGCUUCCUUCCGGCCCUAAAGGUUUGCAGGCGGUCAUGGUCACAGCGGCAUCCUGGCCUCCUAGAGUGAUGGGCCCAAUCCCUGCUGCGGCCCCUGUGACUUUGGUAGUUACGCCACUGGUGGUGUGUACUUUUGCUUUACUUGUUUGUCUAUUACAAAAAGUGCAGUACUUCUUUACCUGUUCCCUAUUUAUGUCUUUCUCACAUCCCUGCAAGGGUUGAGCACUGCUAAUGCCUCUGCGUAGGCGAAAAAAAACAAAAAAAAAACUAGUUACAUAAAAACCCCACCUGCCUAAUAUCAUGUCACCCUCGCCCUGCAAAAACAGCUCUGAUGCUUUGAGGCAUGGACUCCAGAAGAUCUCGUAAUGUGUCCUGUGGUAUAUGGCACCAAGAGAUUAGCAGCAAACCCUUUAAGUCCUACAAGUUGUGAGGUGGGGCCUCCAUGCAUCGGACUUGUUGUUCCAGGACAUCCCACAGAUGCUCAAUCAGAUUGAGAUCAGUUGAAUUUGGAGGCCAAGGCAACAUAUUGUCAUAUACCUCAAAUUAUUCCUGAACAAGCUUUGCAGUGUGGUAUGCUGCAUUAUGCUGCUGAAAGAGGACACUUCCAUUAGGGAACAUCAUUGCCACAGCGCUACGGAAUUUGAUGGCGCUAUAUAAAUAAUAAAAUAAUAAUAAUAAUAAUAUAGGGGUUACAUGGGCUGCAAAAUCUCUAGGUAUGGGGUACAUGUCAAACUGACAUCCACAUGAAUGGCAGGACCCAAGUUUUCCCAGCAGAACACAGCACAACACUGACUCUAAUUGCUUCCUAUAGUGCAUCCUGCUGCUAUCUGUUCCCCAGGUAAACUAUGCACACACACCCAACCAUAUCCCUGAUCAAAAAGAAAAUGUGAUUCAUAAGACCAGACAACUUUCUUCCAUUGCUCAAUGGUUCAGUUCUGAUACUCACAUCCCCAUUGAUGGCGUAUUCAAUGGUGGACUGGGGUCAUCAUGGACAGUCUGACUGGUUUGCGGCUAGAGAUCCCCAUACACAGCUAUUGCUAUUCACUGUGUGUUCUGACACCUUUCUAUAAUGGACAGCAUUACGUUUUCAUCAGUUUGAGCUACAGUAGCUCUUCUGUGUGAUCAGACCUGACAGGCUUGCUUUCACUCCUCAAGUGCAUCAAGGAGCAUUGAGAGACUACGACCCUAGUGCUAGUUUACUGGUUGUCCUUCCUUGCACCAUUUGAUAUUUACUAACUACUGUAUACCGAGAACAUCCCAAAAUACAUGCUGUUUUGGAGAUGCUCUGUCCCAGUUGUCUAGCCAUCACUGUUUGUAUGUGUCAAAGUCACUCAGACCUUUCUGCUUUCCCAUUUGUCCUGCUUCCAACUCAUGAAAUUCAAGAACUGACUGUUCACUUGAUGCCUUUUUUAUUAUUAUUAUUUUAUUAUUUAUAUAGCGCCAACAAAUUCAGUACCGCUGUACAAUGGGUGGACUAACAGAAACGUAAUUGUAACCAGACUAAUGGACGAACAGGAACAGAGGGGUUGAGGGCCCUGCUCAAUGAGCUUACAUGCUAGAGGGAGUGGGAUAUAGUGACACAAAGGGUAUAAGUAGGGGUAAUGAAAUAGGUUGCUCGAAAAGUAAUCACUGAGAACUUAGUAGGUUAUUUUGACAGUUGCAGGAGAGUAGUCAUGGGAGGAGGAGGGGGGAAUGAAAACCCGCUAACAGUUUAAAUGAUAUGCUUUACUAAAGAAGUGUGUUUUCAAAGAUUUUUUGAAGGAGUGGAGACUGGGUGAAAGUCUAACGGAGAAGGGAAGGGUGUUCCAUGGAAAAGGUGCAGCCAUUGAGAGGUCUUGGAGGCGAGCAAUAGAUGUAUAGACAGAGGAUAGGCGUAGGUCUUCGGCAGAGCGCAGGGGCCUUGACGGGACAUAUUUGUGUAUUAGGGAGAAUAGGUAGGUUGGAGCAGCAUUAUGUAGGGACUUGUAAGCAAGCACCAGAAUCUUAAAUUGAGCGCUAUAUCUAACUGGAAGCUAAUGUAGGGACUGACAGAGGGGGGAGGAGUGGGAGGUGCGGCGGACAGGAAAAUGAGCCUUGCCGCCAAAUUCAUUAUAGAUUGCAGCAGUGCAAUCUCGGAACACGUAAGACCACUGAGAAGGGGAUUGCAGUAGUCAAGGCGAGAAAGAAUGCUUUAUGAAUGCUAUUUUAUUUUAUUCCUCCAGCGUAGUCAUCUAUCUUCACAUAAUAGUUAGUUUACAAAAUGCAUAUCCAGCUGAAAACAUGUUUCAAUUUAAUUAGAAAUUAGAAACAACAUUAUGAUUGGAGGUAGAGUUAUUAUAAACACCUUAUAAGCAGGCAGUUGUAGUAGAGAUAACAAGAAAAGAGUUGGAGUAGAGCGUCUUACAAUGUGGCUGUUUUGGUCAAAGGGUUUGCAACCCACCACAACUCCCUGUUCAAUGAAUAAACUCCCAGUAUUUUAAGUAUGCAAAUCAUCAGAAUAUAGAGCAUCUUAUGUGCUACAUAAAUGCAAAGAUAAAGACAUAAACUACUGGAUGUUAUGUGGAUUUAUUACAUAAUUUUCAUGUGCCACACAUACAUGACAUAAAAGAAAACAGUCAUUGGAAUCACAAUUACGAGAGUAGAGUCAGAUCCCUGUUUCACUUUUAAGAAUCGUCUUAGACACUUACUUGUAAGAAUAAAACAAGGUAUGAGCUAUAGGGUUGCUUGUAGUCUAUUUUCAUUAUACUGAAUUGUAUUUUAGUACAAAAUCUAUCUAAUUUAACUGAUUGUAGAUUAGCGCUGUUGCUGCCCCUCUUCUACAUGAACACAUCCAUCCCCGAUUGUCCUUGUUUGCAAAUCAAGUUUCCUUCUUAAAGUGUUCAUACAACCCUGACACCACAAACCUACUCAACAUACAAACUUUAUAUAAUAAUAAUAAUAAAAGCAGCAAGAUUGAUCACUUCUGUAGACUCAAUGAUGAUGAUGAUUCUAAAGUUAUUUUGUAAGUUUUUGUAAUCAGUAGGUUAAAUUGUAAUGUGACAAAAGGAAAUUAGAACUUUUAGAAUAAAUGUGAAGUAGGACUUUGUGGUCAUUUUGUAUGGCCAAGCCUGUGUUACUUUUCUAGAAAUAUCAAUUUUGGUUUGUUGACUUAGUUUCUAUAUCUCAUUGUCUCUUAGAUAUGUGACUCUUCAGAGGAGCAAAGUCCCUUUUCCUUGAGCAGCUCAUCAUCUUGUAGCAGCUUAUUCAAUCCAAUCAGCGAUGAGACAAUACAGGAUCCUGAUCUUCCACUGCAGAAACUCAAUUAUACCAAGUCUAUGAUCUUGUCUCAUUCCCGUGGACCAAGGGUAAAUCACUACAGCUAUCAAUCUAAUUUGAGAUAUCCAUGAGUCCAUACGCUAUAACGGUGAUGGGCAACCACAACUUUCCAGCUGUUUAACUACAGCUUCUAUUACACCCAGCCAUUCAUAUAUUGGACGUUGGUAAUUGUAGAUUUAGUCCCACUGAAGUACUCCAGUUGCUUACCUCUGUUAUGAAGUUUUGUAGUCGAAUUAUGGAAAUUUGGAAACACUGUUUCUUUUGUAGUUUUUCACAUAAUUAAGAAUGCCAGGUGACAAAUACAGUAUUAAGUAUUCAUUUGUGAUUCAUUUGUCUUUUCAUUGACCAUUUUAUUUAUGUAUGUGUUAUAAAUUAAAUGUAGAUUCAUUCUUCAUUGUAGUCAACCAAAUGCCCAACUUUUACUCCAAGUCUGUAAGGAGGGGGUAUGGGAACUUAUUUGAGAACUGCUAAUAUGAAAAGUAAUCCCCUUUUGGAGGGAUUUAUGUUGGAAUUCAUUGAUAUUUAAUUAUUUUUGAAUGAUUCUUUAAUGACUGAAAAAAUGUACAGAUUUGCUUUUAUUGCAGAAAAAGUAGACACACACUAAUGACCUGGAAUUUGCAUUGUGCAGACUUUUUGAGUGAUUCACAAGAGUAGUCCAUAUUUUUUCUGAAGUACUUGGGGUUUUCCAGCCAUAGAGUUUACUUAUUAAAUCAUGGUGGGUGCUGUGUUUAUGACAGACCUACAAAAUUAAGGCCAAAAAUAGCAGAGCUGAAAAUAUAAAAUAUAAACCCUAACGUCUGAGUCUGAGUUUGACAAAAAUUUGAAUCAACUCCCUGUCUAUUGAAUAAACCCAAUAUUUAUCACAAUGGUCUUGUGGAAUAGAUACAUUUGGUAAAAUUGCUUCUAAAAGGGACACUAUAGUCACCAGAACCACUAUAGAUUAAGGAAGGACACACCCUCUGUUCUACCACCAUCUUACAGUCACUGAGAGCUUUGGUAGGGGAUGUAGUUUGUGUUUGUAAGGGAUGUAAUGUGUGUUUAGGGAAUGUAGUGUAUGUGUAUAGGUAAUGCAAUGCUUGUAGGGCAUGUAGUUUGUAUACUGGAUGCAGUCAGUGGUGUAUUUUGAAUAUGUGCUGCCCUAGGCAUGACUGAACUCAGGUACCCCCUAAUUUAAAUUUCCCCACCCCUUUCGGUCAAGGCCACACCCCUUCCUUUUAAAGACUAACACAUGCUUUGACUGACAUACACACAGACACACCCACUCUCUGACCGGCACACACUCUCAGAUGCACUGACAUACACUCACUGGCAGACACACAUCCUCACACACUCACUGAUUUGACACAAUCUGGCAGACACACAUAAUUACUGAUUUGACACAAUUCGACAGACACACACAGUCACUCAGACAUGCACUGACACACGCAAUGAAAGACACGCACACAAUCACUGACAGACAAUCAUUCACUGACAGGCACACACUGAUAGACAUACACACACAUUCUCUGACAGACACACACAUUGACAGACACACACACAUUCACUGACAGACACACACAAACUCACUCACAAAAACACACACACUAUCUCACAGAAACACAUUCACUGACAAAAAAACUCACUGACAGACACACUCACAGAUAUAAACACACAUCCACUGACAGACAGACACAAACACAAUCUGACACACACACUGACAAACAAACACACACUGACAUACAAACACACUCAGACACACACAAACUGAGAGACAGACAUACACACACACACACACACACACACACAGAAACUAACAUACACACACACACACACAUUUAUUAACAUACAAACAAACUCACUGACAGAUACACUCACUCAGACACACUGACAGAUAUAACAACACAUUUACUGACAGACAAACACACACACACUGACAGACUGACACACACUGACACACACACACACAUACACAUACACACACACACAGACUGACAUACUGAGAGACUGACACACACAUUUCCCCCCAACAUUUACAAAUAAUUAUUUACUUUUAUUUUAGUUUAAAUCCACCCAGAUUUUUACCUGGGGUGCAGUGAGGCAGCUGGGCUGGCCGCUGGGCAGGCAGGCAUACAGGAUGAAGGUCAGACACACUGACUGAUAUAACAACACAUUUACUGACAGACAAACACACACACACUGACAGACUGACACACACUGACACAAACACACACACACACACACACACACACACACAGACUGACAUACUGAGAGACUGACACACACAUUUCCCACCAACAUUUACAAAUAAUUAUUUACUUUUAUUUUAAUUUAAAUCCACCCAGAUUUUUACCUGGGAUGCAGUGAGGCAGCUGGGCUGGCCGCUGGGCAGGCAGGCAUACAGGAUGAAGGUCAGACAGGUGUGGAGGAUGGAGGGCGGGCAGGCAAGAGGGGUAGUGGGUGCGCAAAAUAGGCAGUUGGGAGCUUUGAUCAUCCUGUUCAGCUACCUUGCACGCUGCUUAGUGAGGCCGGAUGCCAGAGUGACGUUACAUUCAGGCUCCCAGCAUCACUGCAGGUCUUGCCUGUUAAAUAAACUGUCCAGGCGCCCUGGGGGGCUCAAGGGUGGCCAGCCGGCCAACUCUUGGGCCCCCCACACGUCAAGGCAAACAAGAUAUUUGCCAGGGCACUUGGGGGGCGACGUUUUUUGCCACUCCCUGGAAAGUGCCGCCCAAGGCAAAUGCCUUGUUUGCCUUGUGCUAAAUAUAGAGCUGCAUGCAAUGUGUGUAUGUAUAAGGGAUGUGGUGUGUGUGUAAGGAAUGCAGUUUGUAUAGGUUAUGAAGUGUGUCUGUUUGUAAGGAAUGUAGUGUGUGUGUGUGUGUAUAGUGGAUGCAGUAUACAUAUUGUAAGCUUGUUUGGGCAGGGCCCUCUUCACCCAGUUUUCCUGUAUGUUAUAAAUGUUUUGUUAGAAUUGAAUGUCUGUUUUGUUUCCUGUUGUACAGCACUAUGGAAUAUGAUGGCACUAUAUAAAUAAUUGUAAUUUUGUGUGUAAGAGAUGUGGUGUGGAUGCAGCUCCUUGCCACCUCUAUUGCCCACCCAGCUGCCCAGCAGCCUGCACAGCAGCCAGUCUAGCAUUCUCAUUGAACCCCAGAGAAAGAAUCCACUCCAGCUCUCCGAAAGGUAUGGAGGCUGGGUGGACUUAAAUUACAAUUUAAAAAAAAAAAAAAAAAUUUGCUACUGUAUGAAAAAAAUUUAUGUAAGUGUGUCUGUAUCUGUGUGAUUGUGUCUGUUAGUGAAUGUGUGUUUGUCUGUCAGUGAAUGUGUUUGUCAGUUAGUGUGUGUGUGUGUAUCUGUCUGUGUGUGAAUGUGUCUGUCAGUGAAUGUGUGUGUCUGUCAGUGUGUGUGUGUCUGUCUGUCAGGAGUGUGUAUCUGUCAGUGAGUGUGUGUGUGUGUGUGUACCUGUCAGUGAGUGUGUGUGUGUGUGUGUGUGUGUCUGUCUGUUAGUUAGUGUGUAUGUCUGUCAGGAGUGUGUGUGUAUGUGUUUCUGUCAGUGAAUGUGUGUAUGUGUGUGUCUGUCAGUUAUUGUGUGUCUGUCAGUGAAUGUGUGUGUGUGUGUGUGUGUGCCUGUCAGUGAAUAUGUGUGUGUCUGUCACUGUGUCUGUGAGUGAAUGUGUGUGUCUUUCAGAGUGUCAAAUCAGUGAGCAUGUGUGUGUCUGUGUGUGUCAGUGUGUAUCUGAGAGUGGGUGCCUGUCAUUGUGUGUCUGUCUGUUAGUGAAAGUGUGUGUUGGUUAAACCCUGUGUUUUACAAUGACUGUGUAUCUGCCAAUGAGUGUAUGUCAGUGCAUGUACCAGUGAAGGAGUGUGUCUGACAGUCAAAGUGCUUGUUGCUCUUAAGAAGGAAUAGGUAUGGACAUGACAAGAAGGGGUUAGUCAAAUUUAAAUUAAGGGGGUGUAGAUUAGGGGUGUGUGUAAGUGAUACAGAAUGUGUGUAUGAAGGAUGCAGUGUGUGUGUGUGUGUGUAAGGGGUGUAGUGUGUGUGUGUAAGGGAUGUAAUAUGUGUGUAAGGGAUGCAGUUUGUGUGUAUGGAGAACACAGUGUGUUUUUGUGUGUAAUGGAUGCAGUGUGUGUGUAUAGAAGAGGACGUGUGCGUGUGUCUGUCUGGGAUAGGGUGGGAUAGGAGCUGCUAUCUGUGGGGAGUAUCAUGAGUAGGUUGUCACACCCUGAUGGUGGCCCUGAGUAGCUCUGGUGUCUAUAGCAUGUGGGAAAGCAUUGGAUUGGCUAAAAUCAUCAUGAUUGAUUACCUCAGUUUUGGAGGCAAGGUGGGGCCAGCAGACUGGCAUAGCAGUGGAUUACUCCCUUAUCUAUUGCCAUUAACGCAUGGAUAAGCUGUUCAUGAAUGUUUGUUUAUUUAUAUAGCUACACACAAGUGUAUGCUUCACUGCAAGGCAGGUGCAGUAGAUUUAAAAAACAAUGCAACCAAAUGUUAAACUCCACUGUAAGAGAAAAUAUUUUUUUUUUAAAAAGGAGUGUUGUUAAAACAGUCUUCUUUCUUUUAUAUCCAUUUAAUAACAAAAACGUAUGAAAAAAUACUGGCAAAUAAACUGUGAAAAAUUAACGAAAUAUGUAAAGAGGGGAAAAGAAAAAAAAAAUACAUAGCCCACGCCUGGUACUACUGAACGCACUUUGCGUCUGCACAUGAUGCUUUAUCAAGAGUACCAGAUGUACAGUUAUGGGAGAUGCAAUGAGUAAACACUGAAACCAAUUAUUUUAACCUCUACUAUCUGGACAAGAGAAGAUACAUGAACGCUUCUUAGUUCACAUGAUAAUUCUGUCUUUAUCAGACUCUACAUCGAUGCUCUUAUUGAGCAGUCCUCAGAUAUACACUGUGUCACGAUUAGCAAUGUUCAUCUUUUACUUAAUCUUUUACAGGGCUUCCACAGGAGAAACCUUUCUCACCACGAGUUUCAAACUUACGGCAAUUCAGACCCCUCUACAGACGUACCAAGGAUUCCCUUAGUUACAGUCCUGGAUGUACCUCAUGUAGGUUUCAUAAACAUUUGCUAA